CACAUAGAUUCACUGUAGCAGGAUCAGUGACCGAUUGAAUUUAUAGAAGUAAACAUGUGUCGAAUACUCUCUGCCGCUGUUUUCCUAGUAUCCAUUUGUAGUGUUUUCUCUGCGAAUCAAUGUCAACGAACACCAUCGAUAAUGGCACAAAGAGAAUCAGUCAUGGUGAAGUUUACAGAGAUGGUUGACACGACUCUGCGUCUUCCAAAUGAUUCCGAGGAUCUGGUCAACGAAUUUGGAAGUAAUUUGAACACCUAUUUUCAUGAUCUCCGCGAAAGUUGCAAUAGUACUGAAUAUUUAAAUAUAUCGGCCUUUAUCGACCUCGUGAAAUUCAGUUUACGGAAUAACACAUUCAGAGCAAUCGUUGAUGAUCAGGGUUGUAUAAAAAGCAUAGAAAGAAACAUAAGUCAUUGCGUAGAGAGCCACGUGGGAGUCUGGAAUAUUUCUUCGAAAAAAAAACACACGCACUGGAUUACUAAAGUGAGAUUGAAUUAUGAUACUAUGACCUGCCGUGUCGCUGAAUUAGUGAAAAACUGUGUGUCUGUGCGCCUAAAUGAUUGUAAACCGCCCGUUGCAAAAUAUGUGACCUCACUAUUCGAUUUUACUCUGAAAAACUGUCCUGAGCCUACCCAAAACAAAACAACUCCAAAUAAGGCGCCGAAGUUGUCGGAACCGGUAACCAUAACUUUAGGACUGGGAGCUGUUCUUUUGAUGCAACUAACAAACGUGUUGCGAAACUAAGCCACACCAUAAAAUAACAAUAUUUACAGGAUGGACAUUAAACAUGUGCACUCGUCAUAAUUUAUAAUUUUGUUACCAAAGAAAACGGUACGGUACCUAUUUUUAUCAAAAAAAAUAUUUAUAAGACUAUUGUUUAUCUACGCGUCAAUUUAUAUUAUAGGUAUUGUAACGUUGUACGUUAUAUUUUGAAUAUUUAAAAAUACUAGACUUGCUAUAUCUCGGCCGCGCGCCGCGAGCCGUGAGCCGUUGACGGGUGACGGAAACCGGUUCGGCGAACUAUCCCUCCUAUGAGGCGACGCGAGCAGAGCCGGCGGUAAAUCGCGAGACGGGCACUAGCACGACACCGCGAGCCGAUACAGUCUACUACUACUACUGGUCUAUGUACAUUUUUAACUCGCGAUUUUUAUUGCAAAUAAAUUAACCUUUAAUAAACUAUUGUGCUUUUAAAAUAACUUUUAAAGUCAGUGUAUACCCCAGAUCGGGGUUCAAGUACCUGACUACCUCCAGUGCACCUACCGUAGUGCACCUACCCUAAGUGCACCUACCUACGCGCUUGUCUACCUACGUGCCUGUGUCUACCUACGUGCCUGUGUCUACCUACGUGCCUGUGCCUACCUACGUGCCGCGCCUAUCUACGUGUCCUGCAUCUACCUGCGCGUCCGGCAUCUACUAGCGCGCUGCACACGUACCCCGCCUGACCGCUGCCGAGCUGCCUGACUAUACAGGGUAGUAGUGUUCUAUAGCGGGCCAGAACUUAACGCGAGCUCGAUUAUUCUAAACCCACUCCCGGCUCUGCCGAUCUUUUCCUAGAAUAUAGACUUUUAUACCAUUUACUAAAUUUUUUUAUUUUUCUACCUACUAGACUACCUACCACUAAUCCAAACGUUACAGUGGCGCCCAAUAAAGGUAGAAUAUAUCGAGCCGUGUUUAGUUCUUGUUUGCUAAGCAUUUUGUAGUUGUCCUGGUGUUGGUUGUCUGUCAGUUGUGUUGAAUUUAAUCACAGCCUGCCAAAUGUGAAUCUACCCACAUCUGUUUAAUAAUUAUUUUUUUUCUAAUAUUUAAAUUCAACCGUCCAUUUUUUUUUUUACUUGACCUACCGUCAAUAUUUUUCUACCCCCCAAUUUUUAUUUUUACAUUUACCUUCAAAAUUAACAUACCUUAAAUAUAUUUUCACAUAUGGUUGACUGACCACAAACGUGCUGAUUUUGCAUCUGAAUUGUUUUGUCUUUAUUAUUUUUGUCUUUAUUUUGCAACACACUCCUUCUCUGCGGUUUUAAUUUUUAUCAUGUCUUACCCUAUUAAGUUUUUAUCGCUACAAAAAGCUGAACUAGACUAUGAAGUUACUGUUCGUGAUGGUACUGGGGGAGAUUCGGUUAGCGAACUUCGGAAACUGAUAUGUAGUUAAAUUAUCUUCUAUCGUACAAAAAACAAAGUUAUAAUUUUAAUCGUAUCUAUUCUAAACACUAUAAUCACUACACUAAACCUAAAUUUACUUCUAAUAGAACCCCACAAGACAGUCACAAUUUAUACGUUAAUAAAAUGGUACAUAAAGUAUUUUAAACUAUUAAAUUAAUUAACUAUAAAGUAUAACUUAGACUAAUUUUAUAAGAAUGUUACUACGACUAGGUAAAGUAAAUCAAAUUGUUAAUAAUUAAACUUCGUUGAUUAUAGCUAAAUAUAUUUUAUUUUAAACAAGUUUAAAAAAAAAAUCACCUAAAACUAAAUGCUCUAAUACAUAAGAUAAACUAAACUAAAUAAUAAAAACUAAACUUAAUAAUAUAAACUAAUAAAGUACAAAGAAUAAAUUAUUAGUUCAACUUAAAUUCUAUAACUGUAAUUAAAAUUAUAUAACAAAUUUUAAAAAAUCAACUAAAACUAAAUGCACUAAAUAUAACUAAAACAUAUACAUAAUAUAAACUAAACUAAAUAAUAAAAACUAAAAAACUAAAUUAAAUAGUAUAAACUAAAAAAUUAAACUAAAUAACGUAAACUACACCCACUUACGACUACUACCCAUAACUAUUGCUUUUCUAUUUUUCAAUUAUUGGUCUACCCCAAUAGUUAUAUGAUGAUGGUCUACCCCAUACAUCGUAUUCCUACCAUAUUAAAUAUAUUAUGACUAUCGGCCCUACACCGAUGGUUAUAAACGAAACUUUUGAUCGUGGUUCUACCCCAUAGAUCCCUUCUGUAUGCUAAAGGCCCUACACCUUUGGUAUUCUACGGAGCGGUGCAACUCCUUAAAUAAGCCUUUGCAAGAGCGGUUGAUUACUCUUUAAGUAAGCCUUAAAAUCACAAGAAUAACUUAUCUAUUUAUCCUUUCUAAUAUUCAAUCUAUCAAUUAAUAGUUAUGUGUAGUUAGUAAUCGCUCGGUUUCAGCCUUAUCCUCUUCCAGCCAUGACUGAACUGGGUGAGUGUUCUGUGCACUAUAGGCAGAAUACUCAGGUCGAAAGGACGCUGACGCACAGAUGUCUAGUGUGAUGUCGGCUAUUUAAUGUAAGGAAGAAUGAAAGGUGAGGGAUGAUUACAUUAUGAAUGAAGACGAAUGAAAGAGAAACUUAGAUCAGUUGUUAGCAAGAGCGAAAGCAGCGGAUUUUUCCUAGGAAAAAUCCUACGCUAAAAAGGGGGGUACUGUAACGUUGUACGUUAUAUUUUGAAUAUUUAAAAAUACUAGACUUGCUAUAUCUCGGCCGCGCGCCGCGAGCCGUGAGCCGUUGACGGGUGACGGAAACCGGUUCGGCGAACUAUCCCUCCUAUGAGGCGACGCGAGCAGAGCCGGCGGUAAAUCGCGAGACGGGCACUAGCACGACACCGCGAGCCGAUACAGUCUACUACUACUACUGGUCUAUGUACAUUUUUAACUCGCGAUUUUUAUUGCAAAUAAAUUAACCUUUAAUAAACUAUUGUGCUUUUAAAAUAACUUUUAAAGUCAGUGUAUACCCCAGAUCGGGGUUCAAGUACCUGACUACCUCCAGUGCACCUACCGUAGUGCACCUACCCUAAGUGCACCUACCUACGCGCUUGUCUACCUACGUGCCUGUGUCUACCUACGUGCCUGUGUCUACCUACGUGCCUGUGCCUACCUACGUGCCGCGCCUAUCUACGUGUCCUGCAUCUACCUGCGCGUCCGGCAUCUACUAGCGCGCUGCACACGUACCCCGCCUGACCGCUGCCGAGCUGCCUGACUAUACAGGGUAGUAGUGUUCUAUAGCGGGCUAGAGCUUAACGCGUGCUCGAAUAUUCUAAACUCACUCCCGGCUCUGCCGAUCCUUUUGUAGAAUAUACUUAUAUACUAAUUUUCUAAA